CGCGACUCCAGACUCUUCCACAGUUCCACGUCUCCCUCCCCUCCAGGCCUCGCUCACCGAAAUGGCGAAACCCUCCCAAUCCCGCCCCCUCUUCGUCUUCCCCGUCGCCGCCGUCCUCGCCGCGGCCUUCCUCCUCCCGCUCGCCCGCUCCGACGCCUCCGGGCCCACCCCCACCGCCACCGCCUACGACGAGCUCCGCCUCCGUGGCUUCCCGCGCGGCCUACUCCCGGCCAACGUUCGCGGGUACACGCUCGACGCCGGCUCGGGGGACUUCGCCGUCGACCUGGACUCCAGCUGCCGCAUCGUGCUGCCGGCGGGGAGCUACCUCGCCAACUUCAACGACCACCUCACCGGCCACCUCGACGACCGCCGCAUCUCCGGCCUCAGCGGCAUCCGCGUCAGGGCUUUCUUCCGCUGGUGGUCCAUCACCGGGAUCCGCGCCGAUGGAGACGAGCUCGUCUUCGAGGUGGGCUCCGUCUCCGCCAAGUUCCCCGCCCGCCACUUCAACGCCAGCCUCGAAUGCCCCGCCAAGGCCGACUCUUAGUACUAUAACAAGGAACUCUUGCGUGCCUCAUGACACUGGCAUACCAUCAAGUCGCCUUGACGUCGAGCACUAUGAUUGUUUUUAAUCUCUCACUGCCUUUGUAAUUACUACUUGUGUAUAAGUCUGGAUCCCUAAGCCACCACUCCACUUUCGACACCAAGAAAGCGGGAUAAUGUAAAGGUUCUUCUUUGCUCUUUUGUUGGAUGGCUUGUCGUAAUAAUCCUGGGAACUGGUAAUGGUUUUUAUUUCAGUUUGUAAUCUAUACAACUUCUGGUUUGGCGAGUAUACCACCUAACGUUUCUCUUUGUUAUUUUUAAAGUAGAAAUCGAGAGAUGUAAAUGAAUCAUGUGUAUGUCUUUAUUGAUGAAGUUGAUAUUUAUACA